CCCGAGAGGUGGGAGUCGGGGCGAAGCUCUCGCGGGGGCAGGGGCAGCUCUGCCACUCCGGAAUCCUGACAUGGGGAGAGGAGUGACGGCCCGCGGUGUCACCUCCAGUGGCGACCCGCUCCGGCACAGGAUGAACCAGCAGUGGAAGAGAAAAUCCUGCCAACUGGCUGAGUGAAGAUGCUGUUUUAGUUUUGUGACAGGCAUCUGUGGGGUCUGUAAUAGGAAUGAAUGGCAACUUGGAUAUUCAUGUCAUUUUUCCCCUUGGUCUUGCAUGAUUGUAACGGGUGUGGAGCUUUGGUGAUUACAAAGUGUAUUUUUGACUCUUUUCACAUAAGUUUUAUAAACUCUGAUUUGCAGGAUGGCUGGCUGUGGUGAAAUUGAUCACUCAAUAAACAUGCUUCCUACGAACAGGAAAGCGAAUGAGUCCUGUUCCAAUACUGCACCUUCUCUGACUGUCCCUGAAUGUGCCAUUUGUCUGCAAACAUGUGUUCACCCAGUCAGCCUGCCUUGUAAGCAUGUUUUCUGCUAUCUGUGUGUAAAGGGAGCGUCAUGGCUUGGAAAACGAUGUGCCCUCUGCCGACAAGAAAUUCCCGAGGAUUUCCUUGACAAGCCAACCUUAUUGUCACCAGAAGAACUCAAGGCAGCAAGUAGAGGAAAUGGUGAAUAUGCAUGGUAUUAUGAAGGAAGAAAUGGAUGGUGGCAGUAUGAUGAGCGCACUAGUAGAGAGCUGGAAGAUGCUUUUUCCAAAGGUAAAAAGAGUACUGAAAUGUUAAUUGCCGGGUUUCUGUAUGUUGCUGAUCUUGAAAAUAUGGUUCAGUACAGGAGAAAUGAACAUGGACGUCGCAGGAAGAUUAAACGAGAUAUAAUAGAUAUACCAAAGAAGGGAGUAGCCGGACUUAGGCUGGACUGUGAUGCUAAUACCGUAAACCUCGCAAGAGAGAGCUCUGCUGAUGGAGCGGACAGUGUAUCAGCACAGAGCGGAGCUUCUGUUCAGCCUCUAGUGUCUUCUGUAAGGCCCCUGACGUCAGUAGAUGGUCAGUUAACAAGCCCUGCAACACCAUCCCCUGAUGCAAACACUUCUCUGGAAGACUCUUUUGCUCAUUUACAACUCAGUGGAGACAGCAUAGCUGAAAGGAGUCAUAGGGGGGAAGGAGAAGAAGAUCAUGAAUCACCAUCUUCAGGCAGGGUACCAGCAGCAGACAUCUCCAUUGAAGAAACCGAAUCAGACGCCAGUAGUGAUAGUGAGGAUGUAUCUGCACUUGUUGCACAACACUCCUUGACCCAACAGAGACUUUUGGUUCCUAAUGCAAACCAGACAGUAUCAGAUCGAUCAGGAACUGAUCGAUCAGUAGCAGGGGGUGGAACAGUGAGUGUCAGAUCUAGAAGGCCUGAUGGACAGUGCACAGUAACUGAAGUUUAAAUAAAUUAAGUCUUCAGCUCCAUGCUCAAGGUGAUCUGUAAAUUUUUGCCCACGUAACCUUACACACUCAUCCCUAGUAGUGCAUUUCGGGAGUUGGGGUGGGAAGGGGUAUGGGAAGGAUAGGCCUGUAAUUAAAGCGUCUAACAUGUCUCUGUUGAGAAAUUUAUUUAAUGUAAGGAACUGGGGUGUUAAUAGUUGUGAGCUCUUUAGUAAUAACCCAGUUUUCUUGAGGCCUGUUUAUUUUAUAGUUUUUAAAAAAAUUUCUUCAGUUCUUUUGGCCAGCGUCUGUGUAUUAUCUGUGCAUUGACAGUCCCAUCUGACUCUUGCAUUUUGUCUUUUUUUUUCUGCAUGGAUUGACAUAAAACCAUUACUAAAAUUUGGCACCUAUGAGAUGUCUGGUAUCAGUAUGAACAGGAAGCUUAAUUAAUGUGAGAAUAGAUGACUAACAACUAUUUAAUAGUAGUCACUGAGCUGGACAUGUAAAGACACCAGCUGAUACCUUAGGAUUCGGAAUCCCGUCUGUAGCUCACUCAUGGCACCCCAUGGGCUUUGCUGUCUAGUCCUCGUAGUUUGAGGUUCUCUUGAUUUGCAUUGUUCUUUGAUUACAGAAUUUAUAAUUUAAUAAAUACUAGAGUUUAUCAAAAA